AUGGAGAUUCAAACGUCUUCAUCGACUGCUUUAGCAUCAUCAUCCAAAUCAUCAUUAGCAUUAUCUUCAACAUCAAUAGUAUCUAUAUCACCUUUAAGAUUAUUCUUGGCAUACUUCUUUUUUAUAUGGUAUCUUGUCAUUGUUUUAGUGGCAUCAUUAGGAUUUUAUACUAUCAUAACCAGAUUCAGACAUAGCCCCGAUCUAGCUCCAAGUUCGAAACAUAAUCAUCAAGAACUUGAUCAAGAAGAGGAAGAAAUAUGGGAAGGUGUAACUAUUAUACGACCCAUUAAAGGGAUAGAUCCCGAGUUAAUGUCAUGUUUAGAAUCAUCAUUUCAACAAAAUUAUCCAAUUGAUAAACUACAAAUCUUAUUUUGCAUCGAUGAUCCUCUUGAUCCAUCUAUACCACUUAUUCAAAAAUUAAUUAAUAAAUAUAGUAAUGCUGAUGCAGAGAUACUUAUAAGUAAGAAUUAUAAUAUAUUAGCCGGUCAUUCCGAUGAUUAUUUUGGUCCUAAUCCCAAAGUUAAUAAUUUAUCCAAAGGAUUUAUUGCUAGUAAAUUUGAUAUAUUAUGGAUUAUGGAUUCCAAUGUAUGGGCUAGUGAAAAUAUUCUUAGAAAUUCUGUUAAAUCAUUAAAUGAAAAUUUAAAUAAUGGUACAAAAGUUGCUUCACAUCCUAGAUCAAUUAAAUUAGUUCAUCAUGUCCCAUUAGCAAUUAGUAUUAAUGGAAGUAAUCAAAAUGGUAAUGAAAAUAAAGAUGAAGAUGAAUAUGUAUUAACUCCAGUAGAAUCAAAAGAAUCAAUAUCAACUACUGGAUCAUCUACAUCUUAUAGAUCUACACCACCACCACCUGGGAUUACAUCUACUUUAUUAUCUACUUCAUCAUCAUCUCCAACCCCAAUAAUUAAAAAUAAAAGAAAGAGAUUUCUUAAGAAAUAUGGAGCUAAAUUAGAUGAGAUGUUCUUAAUGACUUCACAUUCUAAAUUUUAUAUUAGUCUUAAUAAUCUUUCAGUUGCACCAUGUGUUAAUGGUAAAUCGAAUAUUUAUAGAAAAUCUGAUUUAGAUAAAUCUGUAUCACUUAUGUCAUCAGCGAUUAAUAGUCAAUUUUUUGGAGAUUCAAAAGUUAUUAAUGAUAGUAAAAUUUUAACCAGUGAAUCAAUGAUUCCUGGAAAUUCUAUUAAAUUUUUUUCGAGGUAUAUUGGAGAAGAUAAUAUGAUUGGGAUUGCACUUUGGGAGAAUUGUAUGGGUAAAACAGGAUUAUCAGGAGAUAUUGUAAUUCAACCAUUAAGUGGAGCUGAUAAUUCUAUUAAUGAUUAUAUGAAACGUAGAAUUAGAUGGCUUAGAGUUCGAAAAUAUAUGGUUUUAAUGGCAACAUUAGUUGAACCAACUACAGAAUCAAUAAUUUGUGGAAUUUAUGGUACAUUUGCAGUAUCCAAUAUAUUUUUAAAUCAAUGGUUUUCAUGGUAUUAUUUUAUAAUUCAUUUAAUUAUAUGGUGUGGAUGUGAUUAUUAUCAAUAUUAUACAUUUGUUAAUAAUAUUAAUGGUCAUAAAUCAUUACCUCAUUGGUUAAUUAAUUUACCACCAAAAUCAAGAAAAUUUAUAAAUUGGUGGUAUAUUUGGGUACUAAGAGAAAUACUUGCCUUACCUAUUUGGAUAUUGGCAAUGAUUGGGCAUGAAAUCGAUUGGCGUGGGAAACCAUUUAUGAUAAAGAAAGACUUAACAGCUGAAGAAUUAUGA